AUGAAGAAAUGGCUCGUUCGCUACAGCAAGCUAAACCUCAUCUGCCUCUUCCUCCCCAUUCUCAUGUUGCGCGACAACCUUGGUACUUGCAAAGUCGGCACACCGGAGAAGGAUCUCGACGAAAUCCGUGAGACCCACUCAUACAUCCGCCGUCGCGCAGCAUCCUGGAGAAGGCCUCGAUCUUCUUCAAUAAGCUCUUCGACGGUGGCAACGCUGUCUUCUCCGUCAGUAGAAGCUACCCUCUUUAUUGUCGUCGCCCCUGACGCUGCUCGUACGUUCGGCGCCGGCCAGGCAGGCCAUAGCCUCCCUUUUCGAAGGCGCGACCGUCAUUUAUCAGAUGUCAGAGUGAUUACAGUUUCAAUUUAUGGUUACCACAGAGAGAAAAAUACUGACUACGCCAUGGCAGCUGCUUGCGAAAUAACAGCAACAGAAUUCAUCCAAGGGGCAUAUAGGAAGAAACCGGUUCUGCUCGGUAAUCCAUUAAGGCCGGCGAACCAGAUGCUUUGGGGUGCUUUUCGGGGAAAGCAUCCUUCUGUAAGAAUUUUCCGUAGACCGAGGCAAAUCAACAUCGAGGCCGUUGUCUCGAGGGAUGCAAGUACAACUCCAUUGAGCAAGGACUCAAAGAUGGCAAAGAGUGAUUCCGAGAAAGUCGUACAUUUCUAUCGCGUCCCUUUGAUGCAGGAAAAUGAGACAGCCGAGCUUCUCAGACUCGUUCAGACCAAAGUCUCCAACCAAAUCACUGGUCUGAAAACAGAGCAGUGUUUCAAUAUUGGGAUCAACGGGUAUCUUUCAGCCGAGAAGCUUUCAGUCCUUAAGUGGCUUCUGGGGGAAACCUACGAGCCUGAUAAUCUGGGGGUAGAGAGUUAUCUGAAUGAAGAUACGAGUAAGAGUUCGAAAGCUUUAAUCAUAGAAGUCGGGCCCCGCCUGUCCUUCACUACUGCUUGGUCUGCCAAUGCCGUGUCCAUUUGCAAAGCUUGUGGUUUGACUGAAAUCAAUAGGUUAGAACGAUCGAGGAGAUACCUUUUGUGCAUGGAUGCCGGGAGUCCAAUGCUGUCAGAUAGUCAAAUCAAAGAGUUUGCUGCACUGGUGCAUGACCGGAUGACAGAGUGCAUUUACAAUGAGAAGCUUACGUCCUUUGAGAACAACAUGGUCCCAGAGGAAGUCCGCUACAUACCUGUCAUGGAAAAGGGCCGUAAGGCUUUGGAAGAAAUAAACGAUGAGAUGGGUUUAGCCUUCGACGAGCAAGAUCUGCAGUACUACACGAGGCUCUUCAUGGAUGACAUCAAACGGAACCCUACAAAUGUCGAGUUAUUUGACAUUGCCCAGUCCAACAGCGAGCAUAGCAGGCACUGGUUUUUCACCGGCAAAAUUGUCAUAGAUGGCAAGCCGGUUGAUAGAACCCUGAUGCAGAUUGUUAAGAGUACUCUCCAGGCAAACCCAAACAACUCGGUCAUUGGCUUCAAGGACAACUCCAGUGCAAUCAGAGGGUUUCUAGCAAACCAGUUGAGGCCCACGAGUCCAGGAUCAACCUGCCCGCUGGACUUGAGUGCCCGUGACCUUGACAUUCUGUUUACUGCCGAGACCCACAACUUCCCUUGCGCCGUUGCCCCAUACCCUGGUGCCGAGACCGGCGCUGGUGGUAGGAUUAGGGACACCCACGCGACUGGCCGUGGCUCAUUCGUUGUGGCAUCCACGGCCGGCUACUGUGUGGGGAAUCUCAACAUUGAGGGUUCAUAUGCUCCAUGGGAGGACCCGUCCUUCUUGUACCCGUCGAACCUGGCUUCCCCUCUUCAGAUUCUCAUUGCUGCCAGCAAUGGCGCUUCUGACUACGGCAACAAGUUCGGGGAGCCGUUGAUUCAGGGUUACACGAGGACUUUUGGGAUGAGGCUCCCGAGCGGUGAGAGGCGCGAGUGGCUGAAACCCAUCAUGUUCAGUGGUGGUAUUGGUCAGAUCGACCAUGGUCACAUAUCCAAAGGGGAGCCUGAGAUUGGGAUGCUGGUCGUGAAGAUUGGUGGGCCCGCAUACCGUAUCGGGAUGGGCGGUGGAGCCGCUUCCAGCAUGGUCAGCGGGCAGAACGAUGCUGAGUUGGAUUUUAAUGCAGUACAACGUGGGGAUGCGGAGAUGGCGCAGAAGCUUUACCGAGUCGUACGCGCUUGUGUCGAGAUGGGGGAGAGUAACCCCAUAGUUAGCAUUCACGACCAGGGGGCAGGUGGGAAUUGUAACGUUGUCAAGGAAAUAAUAUACCCCAAGGGGGCUACGAUCGACAUAAGUGCGGUUGUGGUUGGGGACUACACGAUGUCGGUCCUAGAGAUUUGGGGAGCGGAGUAUCAGGAGCAGGAUGCUAUUCUGGUGAGGCCUGAAAGCCAUGGACUCUUGCAGUCCAUUUGUGAACGGGAGAGGGUAUCAAUGGCGGUUAUUGGGACAAUAAGCGGCGAAGGGCGUAUAGUUCUCGUGGAUCGUUUGGCUAUUGAGAGGUGCGAGUUGAACGGGCUGCCCUUGCCGCCACCUGCUGUGGAUCUGGAGCUCGAGAAGGUUCUUGGCGACAUGCCUCGCAAGACUUUUGAAUUCCACCGAGUUCGGAACCCAACAGAGGCACUCGAUAUUGCUCCUGGGAUUACUGUUACCGACUUGUUGAAGAGGGUUCUGAGACUUCCUUCCGUUGCUUCCAAGCGUUUCCUGACUAGUAAAGUCGAUAGGUGUGUGACGGGACUCGUGGCCCAGCAGCAAACCGUGGGCCCACUCCAAAUAACACUUGCUGAUGUGGCUGUGAUUGCUCAGAGCUAUGAGGGCAUCACGGGAGGGGCGUGUUCGAUUGGGGAGCAGCCGAUCAAAGGUCUUUUGGAUCCAAAAGCAAUGGCGAGGCUAGCUGUAGGGGAAGCUCUGACUAAUCUUGUGUGGGCCAAGGUCACUUCACUCUCGGAUGUGAAAGCUAGUGGGAAUUGGAUGUAUGCAGCAAAACUGGAUGGGGAGGGGGCCGAUAUGUAUGAUGCGGCUAUAGCCCUUUCGGAGGCUAUGAUCGAACUCGGCAUUGCCAUUGACGGAGGGAAAGAUAGUCUUUCCAUGGCGGCACACGCGUCUGGAGAGGUUGUCAAAGCUCCUGGAAACCUAGUAAUAAGCACUUACGUGACUUGUCCUGAUAUUACUAAAACUGUUACCCCAGAUCUGAAGCUCGGCAGUGACGGUGUUAUCCUCCAUAUCGACUUGGCAAAGGGGAAACGACGCCUUGGUGGGUCCGCUCUUGCUCAGGUGUUCGACCAAGUUGGCGACGAAUGUCCUGAUCUGGACGACGUGUCUUACCUCAAAAGUGCUUUCAAUGCAGUGCAAAGUCUCAUUGACGAUGAGCUUAUUUCGGCCGGGCAUGACAUUAGUGACGGGGGAUUGCUAGUGUGCGUGCUCGAGAUGGCGUUUGCGGGCAACUGCGGAGUUCGUCUUAAUCUGACAUCAACUGAGAAUAGUGUUUCGGAAACACUCUUCGCGGAGGAGCUCGGCCUUGUGCUUGAGGUCGGAAAAGAGAAUCUCGAUUCUGUCAUGCAAAAGCUCUCGUAUUCCGGAGUAUCUGCCGAGAUUAUCGGCCAAGCUUGCUCCUCGCUGGCGGUAGAGCUAAAAGUCGACGGCACUACUCACUUGAGUGAACAAACAUCCCGACUGAGGGACAUGUGGGAAGAAACCAGCUUUAGUCUGGAAAAACUCCAGCGGUUGGCAUCAUGCGUGGAGCUCGAGCAAGAAGGCCUAAGAAACCGUCGCGAGCCGUCAUGGGCCCUCACCUUCACCCCGAAAUGCACAGACAAAAAAUACACGACGGCAGAAUCGAAGCCAAAGGUCGCCAUCAUUCGCGAGGAAGGCAGCAACGGGGACCGAGAGAUGGCGGCUGCCUUCCACGCCGCCGGUUUCGAGCCCUGGGAUAUCACCAUGUCCGACCUUCUGAGUGGGGCCAUCUCAUUGGGCGGAUUCCGAGGGGUUGCGUUCGUCGGGGGAUUCAGCUACGCAGACGUGCUCGACUCAGCAAAAGGGUGGGCUGCCUCCAUCAGGUUCAACGAGCCCCUCCUGAGCCAGUUCCAGGAGUUCUACGACAGACCAGACACCUUCAGCCUGGGGGUUUGCAAUGGGUGCCAGCUCAUGGCCCUCCUUGGGUGGGUACCCGGCCCUGGGGUUGGAGGGGUGCUUGGAGGUGGUGGGGACCCAUCGCAGCCGAGGUUCGUGCACAACGAUUCGGGAAGGUUCGAGUGCCGUUUCGCGAGUGUGAGAAUAGAGGAGUCGCCGGCCUUGAUGCUGAGGGGGAUGGAGGGAAGCACACUUGGCGUAUGGGCCGCACAUGGGGAGGGACGGGCUUAUUUUCCUGAUGGGGAUGUUUUCAGUAUGGUGGUGGGGUCAGGGUUGGCCCCCGUGAGGUACUGUGAUGAUGGUGGGAAUCCCACAGAGGUGUACCCGUUCAAUAUGAAUGGGUCUCCUUUGGGAGUGGCUGCCAUUUGUUCGCCAGACGGGAGGCAUCUAGCGAUGAUGCCUCAUCCAGAGAGGUGCUUCAUGAUGUGGCAGUAUCCGUGGUACCCGAAGAACUGGGAAGUGGAUAGGAAGGGCCCAAGCCCGUGGUUGCGCAUGUUCCAGAAUGCUAGGAAAUGGUGUUCGUGAGGUGUGCUUGGAGGAUAUAAAAUGAAAACUCACUGUCGACUGUUGGUACGCUUGUCCUGCAGUUACGACCUCAUAAAGACAACUUUAUGAAGCAAUAUCGUUAGCGAUGUUGUGACAGAAUUUGAGCCCUCUCCAUGGAAGAUUGUCCGCCAGUGGCAGCUUUGUAUUGAUUACAUUUGGCGACCAAUAUAGGUAGUUUUCUUGGAAAUGCCAAAAUAUUUCCAUUAUUUUGUUUUCUGUUUGUGCUUCGAUAUGAGCCCGCCGUUUGGAGCUUUCACAAAUAGUAGACUCGUUGCUGUUGAUGUUUACUUUCCAUUGUUAAUGCCUGUAUUGAGUUUAGUCAAGACUCAACAGUGGAGCUGCAGUUAGUUUUUGAGUCGAAUCCUGCACAAUCUUGAAUCCCAGGUAUAAUGUAUCAAUAAUGGAUUUUGUGAUUGUUAUUUAUUAUCCAUUUUCUGAAUAUGUUCCUCUUUCAUGUAUGCUUGAAAUAUCAUUUGGGUGGCAUAUUUUUGUUUUUUG